CUUUGACUCAUUCUGAGGACUUGAUUGAACCAUUUAGGGUGAUUCUAUUUGAUUUGUAGAAGAGAGUGUUAGCAGGGGAGAGACCCUGUUGGAUACCAAUCGCAUGACUCAUAGCACAAGGAGGAUAUACACAUACAUGUGGAUAUAUCAAAUAGUUCUGACAUUUCCAAAGGAUCAUCAUAUUCUUGGAAUAUAUAUAUGUUGCAUGUUUCGGGGCACGUAAGGCGAGAAUUUAUUGUGUGAUGACUGAUCCUUAUGCAUCAGCUCGCCUGCAGGAAUCAUAUCUCUGGAAUGCAGGCCUACUUGUGGCGCUAUUUUGGAUGUCGGAGACGACAUUAAUGGCUAAACAUCGUGUCCAAUUACUGUUAGGAUUAUUCGGGGGUACUGUUCUGAUUUGAUUCCAGUAUGUGCAGAGUCACUAUUUACAUCUGUGUCUUCACUCAAUUUCAAAUUGGCAUCUGAAGUCUCGGGCAUUGGUCUUUUUUUUUUAAUGUCAACAUUCUCCUUUCAAUUUAGAAAGGUCUAUGAUUUGUGUUUGGAGAUCAAAUUUGAUCUAAGGAAGGUGUGAUCUAUUGUUUGUUUAGACUAGCUUGUGUCCCGGAAAAUGAUAUUGCAGGAUCUGCUCAACCACCACAAGAGGAAACAUUUGUGCUUGUCGUGACUCAGUGAGAAUAUCCGUCAUGAUUCGUCUAAGAUAUCAAUUAAUCGUGAUACAAAAUAUUUUCUAGUAAUUUUGAUGAUACCAUUACAUUCAUCGAGGAUGUGUUCAUACUCUUUUCUACAUGGGUUUAGUAUAUUUUAGCAUCUUUUGACUUUUUGAUAUAUCCAUUUAUGAUUUUUUCUUGUAAUUCUCUUGAAACGGGAGGUUAUUGUGAAUAGAAUGCCGAAAUGUCACCCGACCCUCAAGCCUGCCAGCUACAAACUCGUUGCUUCGCGUGUCAUGGUCUACUCGAGCGUGCACGUGGACCAGCGGCAUGUCCGUGCCGUCCACAACUGUUUUCUCGGCUGCCCAUUCAGCCCGGAGUUUGCCCGCGAAUGCGAGACAAAAACCAAAGACCCAAGGCCAUCAAAGAUCAAUGUGCAGGAGCGUGUGCUCGCCGAGGCGCCCUUUGUAUGUCGCGCCAUCCACUACGGUUUCUGUACCGUUGUCGCGCUACCUCCGGGUAUCGUCCCACGAGGUGACGAAGACAUCACAGAGAAGCGAAAGAGCGACGAACUCCUCCCAACAUGGCGAAUAGACAAACCAAAGACAGAGGACAGGAAUUUCCCAGACUUGGCCCUGAAAUCAGAGCCAGCCAAGGCUGAGGUCAAGGUCGUUAAGGAGGUCCCCCUCAGCAAUAAUCUACCAGACCUUGUUACGUGUAAUGACUUAUCUGAAAUAGAGCGAAAAAAGACACCAUCCACCGAUCUUGCCAAUAAUAAUGUUGUUCAUAUUGAUGCACCACCUAAAAAACUUGUGAAUAUUAGCGAGUCAACGAGGGCAAAAGCCGAUCUUCAUCAUUCUCAGGAUCUUGCUAAGCCAAAACCAAAGUUGUUUCAAGAGCAGAGGGAAGCUAACAAACAUCAGAAGACCCAGCAAAUCGUCAACGUACCUCAGUUCUAUUUUCCCUUCGGCAAGCCCGGAGACAGGGAGGAGAACGAAGCCGUGCUCCAGCGACUGACGGAAAUCUUCAAAGCGCUGCCGGAUCAGAAGGCUAGCAAAGAAGACAUGGAUAAAGUCACUCAGGCCUGUAGAUGUCCCAAGUUCUGGAGGGUACCCCUCUACAACGCAGCAGGCGGUGAGACGACAGAGUGCGUGUCAGCUCAAGCUUUCAUGGCAAUGUGGCGAAGAAUAACCAAACAAUGUCACGAUGAUGCCUCCCGCUUCUUCAGGUUGCUGUCCAGGCCGGGAGCGAACCAUCUUUUACCAGAGGAUUUCAACCCGAUAGUUCAGGAUAUAGUUGAUUCUCAUCCUGGCUUAACGUUUUUACAGGAUGCCCCCGAGUUUCACUCAAGAUAUAUAACAACAGUAAGUAUAAAUAUAUAUCUGAAAAAAGUGGUUCUCUACCCUCGGGCAUUCUAUAAUAUAGAGUAA